AUGGCAGCACAAGAUCAGGCUCUGCUUUUCAAUAGCCGUUCUUAUCUGAAGAAAUUUGCCAAGGGCGUUCGCUCUGGCGCGGAUCCACACAGGGCUUCGUUGAGAAAAUACUUCAUAUGCACUAACAUCUACGACGAAGCAUUCACGGAAUAUCCUUGUAAAGGUUGGCAAGAACUUGUCGACUGUUUCUGCAUGCUUGUCGAUAAAUGCGAUAGUCUUCAAGUGCUCGUGAUCCAUAGCGCUGCGUUCACCUCUAUGGAAGAAGUCGAGAUCAUAGCAUCUACCAUCAAAGAACUAGCUGGACAAGUUUUAGGACACCACCCCAACCUGACACGACUCGUCCAGUACGGUCCAGCCAACGCCACCACUGAUGUCGGGUACGUUAAAUGGGCGCUUAUCGACAAGGACAAUAGCCGACUCGGAAGCUGGGCACCUAACAACGACAGCAGAGUUCUGAGCGAACACAAGGAUCUCUCUCAGGGCGGCAGGAGGCUUCAGAUGACUCGAGAACAGAAGAGAGCGAGGGAUUGGAUGAUGAGCGAGAUGGGUGGUUCCUCCGAAGACGAUCCCGACUCUCCGGACGAAGACGCAGCCAACACCGAUGAGGACAAGGUUAACGAUGAAGGAAACGCCGACAAAGAAGAGACCGACGCCAAUGGAGACGGUGCAGAUUGUGACAAUAAUGAGUACGACGACUCCGAGACAGAGCCGGAAGCUGACGAUGAAGAUGAAGAUGACGAACUGCGCGAAGAUGCAAACGACCUUGACCAGCAAACCGACAUGAUGGACGAAGACGCACCACGCAUCAAGCGCCAGAGAGUGGAGUAG